AUGAUGCACUCACUACCCGCGGGCCUUUGCGCCCUGGCCCUCUUCACCCUCCUCAGCCCGGCCCAUGCCCUGCCCCCUCGGACAAUUUUCGCGAGGCAGUCUUCCUGUCCUGCCGACCAGGUCUCGUGUCCUUCAACCGUACCGGACAACUUCUGCUGCCCGUCCGGUCACACCUGCAUGGCCCUCGCGGGGCAGACCACCAUCAUAUGCUGCGUCGAAGGCAAAACAUGCCAGCAGAUCGAGCCCAUCUCCUGCACCAUAGACCUUCAGGACGCGGAGAAGAACCUAGCCAAGUGCGUCCUAGAUGAGGACCAAUCGGCGGCGCCACCUCCCCGCAUCAAGUUCAACAAAGGAUUCCCCACAACAGCCGUCGUGGUUGGCGUUCUUGUUGGUGUCCUGGUACUAGUGUCCGCCAUCGUCUUUCUCCUUAUCUGGCGCUCUAAGCGCCGCAAGCAGCCUAGCGAGGACAAAACCUCCCACGCGCGCAACUCCAAAGCCUCUUCUUCAUUUGGAAACUACAUUAGCGAGCCCAUCGUGACGCAUGGUGCUUUCCGGACCGAUUUUAUCCGCAAACCGGAGACGUCUUUCCUUGCGGGCUCUGACCGGCUAUCGCGCAUGUUUAACCGCCACCGGAACUCGGACAUGGUGUCACCCAUAUCCCCUUCUGACUCCCCCACCCUCCGAGGUUCCUCCGAUACCCUCCACGCCGGCGCGGUAGCCCCGCUCGGCUCCACCGUUGCUAUCCCGCCAAUCCGCACCAUGAGCAAUGCUCGGCGAACCCCGCGACCCGUGACGCCGCGGCUGCAGCGCGAACCCAGCAGCGAAAGCAUCAACAUCUUUGCCGCUCCGGGGACGGUAGAGCGCGGCAACGGCAGGCCGCUGACUCAAGGGACGACGUUUACCGAGAUGAUGGAUCAAGCCGACCUAGGCCCCAUACACAAGGGUAGGGGCUUCGUUCCGUCGCCUCUCAAGCCGGGAUCUGGUGAAAACGCCUCGAAACCCCGGUAUAGGUGGUAG